CAGAGGAGCGAGCCUGGCGGGCGGGCGGGAGGCGGUCGGGCUUCGACGGAGGCGGUGGCGGCUGGGUCUCCCGGACAGCGACGCAGCGUGCGGGCGGCCGCGACAGAACCGGCGAAAGCUCCGCAGCCCGCUCGCAGCCGCCGCCUGGCCGCAGCCAGGCCGAAGAGCGCCGCGGCGGGCGCGCGGCCUGUGAGGGCGGCCGGAGCGGCGGGCGCGGCGCGGCACCGAGCGUCCUGUCAGGCGGUCGAGGGCGCCGCGGACCUGCGCCGCGAUGAUGCCGAUGAUAUUAACCGUUUUCUUGAGCAACAAUGAACAGAUUUUAACAGAAGUUCCUGUAACACCCGAAACAACCUGUCGAGAUGUUGUAGAAUUUUGCAAGGAACCUGGAGAAGGAAGUUGCCAUUUAGCUGAAGUGUGGAGGGGAAAUGAGCGCCCCAUACCCUUUGAUCACAUGAUGUAUGAACAUCUGCAGAAGUGGGGGCCACGCAGGGAAGAAGUGAAAUUUUUUCUUCGACAUGAGGACUCACCAACAGAGAGCAAUGAGCAAGUUGGCCGUCAAACCCAAGAGCAACGAACUCAGAGAAAUAUUAUAAAUGUACCUGGAGAAAAACGCACUGAAAAUGGGGUUGGGAAUCCACGUGUUGAACUCACCCUGUCAGAACUCCAAGAUAUGGCAGCGAGGCAGCAACAACAAAUUGAAAAUCAGCAACAGAUGUUGGUUGCCAAGGAACAGCGUUUACAUUUUCUAAAGCAACAGGAGCGCCGUCAACAGCAAUGUAUUUCUGAAAAUGAAAAGCUUCAGAAAUUGAAAGAACGAGUUGAAGCCCAGGAAAACAAGCUGAAGAAAAUCCGUGCCAUGAGAGGACAAGUUGACUACAGCAAAAUCAUGAAUGGCAAUCUGUCUGCUGAAAUAGAGCGGUUCAGUGCCAUGUUCCAGGAGAAGAAGCAGGAAGUGCAGACUGCAAUUUUAAGAGUGGAUCAGCUGAGUCAGCAGUUGGAAGAUUUAAAGAAAGGAAAACUGAAUGGGUUCCAGUCUUACAAUGGCAAGUUGACAGGACCAGCAGCCGUGGAGCUAAAAAGACUAUACCAAGAACUACAGAUUCGUAACCAGCUUAACCAAGAACAGAAUUCAAAACUCCAGCAGCAGAAGGAACUCCUAAAUAAACGGAACAUGGAAGUGGCUAUGAUGGACAAGCGAAUCAGUGAGCUCCGUGAACGUCUUUAUGGGAAAAAGAUCCAGCUGAACCGUGUGAAUGGCACGUCGUCACCACAGUCACCCCUGAGCACAUCUGGCAGGGUCGCUGCUGUGGGGCCUUACAUGCAGGUUCCUAGUGCCGGAAACUAUCCUGUCCCAGGAGACCCCAUAAAGCCCCAGUCUCUCACUAUUGCUUCAAAUGCCACCCAUGGAAGAUCCAAAUCCGAUGGCCACAAUAAGCCUAGAGUGACCAGCUCCUGGACAGUGUCAGACCUCGACGUUGGGCCUGACUGCGGCUCCUCACAGCAUUCUGCAAGCCCAUGUGUAAACCCUAAUGAUGGAAACUGGCCAACAUUAAAACAGAAUUCUAGCUCUUCAGUGAAACCAACGCAGAUGGCCAGUGCAGACUGGAAGGACCCGAGUGUGGAGGGAUCUCUCAGGCAAGGCACCAUCUCAAGCCAGCCUUUGCCCUUCUCAGCAUUAGGAGCCACGGAGAAGCCGGGCAUUGAGAUUGGUAAAGUACCACCUCCCAUCCCUGGUGGGGGCAAGCAGCUGCCCCCAAGCUAUGGGACAUAUCCAAGUCCUACGCCUCUGGGUCCAGGGUCAACAAGUUCCCUAGAGCGGAAGAAAGAAGGAAGCUUGCCCAGAUCUGGUGCAGGCCUGCCAACUCGCCAGAAGCCCACUCCACUGCCCUCGGCAGCCAGUGCACCCCAGCCAGGCUCCUCACAACAGAUUCAGCAGAGGAUUUCUGUGCCGCCAAGUCCCACCUAUCCGCCAGUGGGGCCGCCUGCAUUUCCAGCUGGAGACAGCAAACCUGAACUCCCACUGACAGUGGCCAUUAGGCCCUUUCUGGCUGAUAAAGGGUCAAGGCCACAGUCUCCCAGGAAAGGCCCUCAGACAGUAAAUUCAAGCUCCAUAUACUCUGUGUACCUCCAACAGGCCACACCACCUAAGAAUUACCAGCCACCGGUGCAUAGCACCUUGAAUAAGUCAGUUAAAGCAGUAUAUGGUAAACCCGUUUUACCGUCGGGUUCAACAUCUCCAUCACCAUUACCGUUUCUUCAUGGGUCCCUGUCCACAAGCACAUCGCAGCCUCAGUCGUCUUUAGAAUGUGCUGACAAAGAGGCAGAGCAGGAUGGCCAUGCCCCACCUACAGAUGGCAGCACUGUGGAGAGCCUGCCACGGCCGCUCAGCCCCACCAAGCUCACGCCCAUCGUGCACUCUCCAUUGCGCUACCAGAGCGACGCUGACCUGGAGGCCCUCCGCAGGAAGCUGGCCAAUGCACCCCGGCCCCUGAAGAAGCGCAGCUCCAUCACAGAGCCUGAGGGCCCUGGUGGGCCUAACAUCCAGAAGCUGCUGUACCAGCGCUUCAAUACCCUGGCUGGUGGCAUGGAGGGCACCCCUUUCUAUCAGCCCAGCCCCUCACAGGACUUCAUAGGCACCUUGGCCGAUGUGGACAAUGGAAAUACCAAUGCCAACGGAAACCUGGAAGAGCCCACCCCUCCGCAGCCCACUGCCCCACUCUCUGUUGAGCCUGCCCCUUCAUCAGAUGCCAAUGACAAUGAGUUACCUUCCCCUGAGCCAGAGGAGCUCAUCUGUCCCCAGACCACUCACCAAACUGCUGAGCCUACAGAGGAUAAUAACAACAACGUGGCCACAGUCCCUUCCACAGAACAGGUCUCAAGUCCUGUGGCUGAGGCACCAUCGCCAGGGGAAGAGCACGUUCCUCCACCAUCUCUUCCCCUUGUACACCCUCCUGCAGCCUCCACAAGCAAACGGACCAACCUGAAGAAGCCCAACUCUGAGCGAACAGGGCAUGGCCUCAGGGUCCGGUUUAACCCCCUGGCGCUGCUCCUAGAUGCUUCUCUGGAGGGAGAGUUUGACCUGGUACAAAGGGUCAUCUAUGAGGUGGAGGAUCCCAGCAAGCCCAACGAUGAAGGGAUCACCCCCUUGCACAAUGCCGUCUGUGCUGGCCACCAUCACAUCGUGAAGUUCCUGCUAGACUUCGGAGUCAACGUGAAUGCUGCUGACAGUGAUGGAUGGACACCGCUGCAUUGUGCUGCUUCCUGUAACAGUGUUCACCUCUGCAAACAGCUGGUAGAGAGUGGCGCUGCCAUUUUUGCCUCAACCAUCAGUGACAUUGAAACUGCUGCAGACAAGUGUGAAGAGAUGGAGGAAGGCUAUAUUCAGUGCUCACAGUUUCUGUAUGGAGUGCAAGAGAAGUUGGGUGUGAUGAACAAAGGCGUGGUGUAUGCUUUGUGGGACUAUGAGCCCCAGAAUAGUGACGAGCUGUCCUUCCAUGAAGGGGAUGCCCUCACCAUCCUGAGGCGCAAGGAUGAAAGUGAGACCGACUGGUGGUGGGCUCGCCUCGGUGACCGGGAGGGCUACGUGCCCAAAAACCUGCUGGGGUUGUAUCCACGGAUCAAACCCCGACAGCGAACACUCGCCUGAGCUUCCCUUUGAGCACUGCAAUGUCUUGCCAGCCACUAGGAACCACUGAAGAGAUUAUUUGGAGUCCCCAGGAAAGCCGAAGCUAGAAACGGUUUUAAUGGUGCUCACUUUAGCAGAUGGCAUCCACAAUGUGAAUCCCUGCAGUUCUGGGUGAGGCCCUUUUUCCAGUUUGCCUAUAACUGGGAGAGGUUACCUCCAAGAGGACUGAACUUUGCCAAUUACUGGAAACCCAAAUAAAUACCCAGCUUUCAAAACACUCACCCCUGUUGCCAAUAAGGAGCCCUAUAAUUAUCCCCUGGUUGGUUGUCAGUGAAGACAAAAGCUCUUACUGACUUGGCCCCAAGGCUGUCACUCAUUUUAGACAUCACCCCAGCAGUGAAUACCUACAGCUGUUGGGCCUGCCCCCAGCUACAGCCUUGCCCCAUUCCUAGGCUGGCUGCCACCAUCCCUCAUCCCUCUUUAUGCCCCAUCCUCCAACAUGAGUCUCUUCCUUUUGUCACCAGAGGAGGCCCUGUAGGGGACUUCUGUCUAGUACUGCCCAAUGUCUAUGUCCUUCAGUGACUGACCACCCUCCAAGGCCACUUGGGGUGUUCUGCUUCCUGUUCUGGUAUUGGUCUAGCUCACCCAAAGGCAAAUGUUGCCCGCUUGGUGCUGCACCGGGGCUUCUAUGCCAGGGGCCCCUGGACCCUUAAGACUAAAUGACCCAGUCCAGAGCACCUCAGCACGCACUCCCUCCUUCUCCAAGCUCACUGCUACCGUGCUGCAGGGUGUGGGUCUACUCCCCUUACCGCUGCUGGAGUUCUCUGAGUACAGCCACAUGCUGGAAUCCAGGGCACCAACGGGCUAAGAGUGGUGGGAGGUGUGGGCCUGUGUGAGCCACAGAGUGGGGUCCAAUCCAGGUUCCUGAAGGACGCAUAGUGUCAGGAGGGCCCGCUGAGAGACAGCAGCAAGCGCAGGAAAGCUGGAGGCAGGGGCCCCCCCAGCUGUGUCACAAUCAUCUAUGCCCUCAUUCCAGCCUCAGGGCAAGGCAGGCUCAUCCCUGAAGUAUGAAUUAUACAGACAGCCUUUUUAUAUACCCAAAGUAUUUUUUUGACUUAGACCAUUCAAAACUACCAGAACUACGUUGGAAAUGUCUUUCUCCUCAUUAAAAUAUAGGCCCUUAGCCUUUAUUUUUCAUGUAUGAGUCUCGUGUAUAAUUUAUGUACAAAUGUGUGUAUAGACUCAUUGAUACAGUAUUACAAUGCUGUAGUCAGUCACCUGACAUUGUGAAUAGUGUGGUGAGAAGUGACGCCCUUAUGGAGCAGCCUUGCUACAGGAACGUGGCCACUGCCAUCCCCAACACUGCUGAUGUUGUGUAAAUGUGCACAAUAAACUGCUGUCUCACCCAGAG